AUAUAUGUACAUACUAAAUACGGGCCUGCAAGACCCAAAGUCGUCGUGUUUGAUAGGGUUUACUAUAAGUUGUGUUUCUUUUGCUAGCGGACGACGACGGCACACAAGCUUCAUUCACGGUCAGACGAGCGAAAAUGGUGAACAUUCCAAAGACAAAGAAGACAUACUGCAAGAACAAGGAAUGCAAGAAGCAUACAUUGCACAAGGUGACCCAAUACAAGAAAGGUAAAGACAGUCUCGCUGCUCAAGGAAAGCGUCGUUAUGACCGUAAGCAAUCUGGUUAUGGUGGUCAGACUAAGCCUGUCUUCCACAAGAAGGCUAAGACCACGAAGAAGAUUGUCUUGAGGCUUCAGUGCCAAACCUGCAAGCACUUUUCUCAGCAUUCGAUCAAGAGGUGCAAGCAUUUUGAGAUAGGUGGAGACAAGAAGGGGAAGGGAACAUCUCUUUUCUAAGUUGGUCUUGUCUUAACUUUUUGCAAGUAUUGUUACUUAUGUCGGAUCAUGAUUCCAUCUGUUUUAGCUCUCGUAUAAGAUAAUCCCAUCUUUGCUUGUUAAAGAUAUGGUUUGGCUCUUUAUCAUUUCACUUCUUUGUCAAUACCA